CCGGCUUCCCUCCCGGGCCGUCGGCACCGCCAUGGCCUCACGAGGGCGUGCACCAGCACGGCAUCGUCUUACCCGGGACCGCCGCGACGAUGCGCGCGAACCACCGGCGCCGGGCGAGAGGACGCGGAGGUGGCCGCGUGCCCACCGACUUCCUGUGGCCGCCUCCAGGCGAGUCGGCACCGCCGUGGACACACGAGGGCGCGUGCCAGCAUGGUGUCGUCUUCACCGGGCCCGCGCUGACUCCGUCGGCCCGGGCGUACGCCUACGCGCCCUCUUCUACGCCCUCGCCAGCGGUCACGUCGUCGCAGGCGGGCCUGCCCGCGGCGGAGAAGACGCCCAAGGUUGACACCGCGCUGGUCUCCAAGAAGGGCCCUGCCCACCUCUCGCGUCCCGGGGCCAGGAACGUCGGCGCGAACCGCUUGCUCAUCAACGUCGGCUACAACAUUUUACCCUGCUAUGCCCCAUGGACCAAGAUCACUCAAGCAGAUGUCAGGAAAUAUAUGAUUGUGUUUAUUAAGGUCGACAGAGAUGGAGAUGAGAAGAUUACUCGUGAAGAGGCAAGGAAUUUGUUUUUAAGUUGGCGGUUGCCAAGAGAUAUCUUAAGGAAGGUGUGGGAUUUAUCCGACCAGGAUAAGGAUGGGAUGCUGUCCUUCAAGGAAUUUUGUUUUGCUGUGUACUUAAUGGAGAGGUUCCGAGAGCAGCGACCACUUCCUGAUGUAUUACCAGAUGGUAUUUGGGCGGAGGGAAUUUCACUACCCUCUACUGGCCAGUUUGCAGAAAACCCUAGUGGCCUGGCUCCCCAUCCAAGUGCUGGGGUUACAAGUAGAGCAAUGCAAGGACCACAUCCUGAAAUGCCUCCUUCAUCUGUGAAGCGACAACAUCGAAGGCCUCUUCAUUUUGAUGAUGACACUACGCAAACUGAACCACAAAAACCUAAGGUCCCAGCAUUGGAGAAACAUUUGGUUGUCCAGCUUAGCAAAGAGGAACCAAAUGCACUUGAAGCGAAGUUCAAGGAAGCUUCAGAUGCCGAUAAAAAGAUUCUCUACAAGAGUAGGUGUGACAACAGGUUUAACGAAGUCUCAGAAAGUAUGUCUGCUGAUAAGUGUAAGGUUUCUACUAACACAGCGUCAAAAUCAAGGCCUGUAGACAUGCAAGAGGUUCAGUCAAUUACCAACAACCAUUGCUACACCAGCCAGCCUGUUAGAGAGGUGACAAUAUCGUCAUCAUCAUCCUCUAACAGGAUGAUUGGGAUCUCAAAAAUUCAGGUUAUUUUCCGCAUUGGAAAUUUCCGCUCGUUCCCGAUGCAAUUUGAAGACAACUGUACAAUUGAACAGAUCGUGUAUGCGGCUUUUCAAAAACAGAACGUCAAAAUAUCUGAUGCAGUUAUCCGAUUCAAUAAUCGCAAUGCAUACCUUGAAGAUAAACUGUGUUUUCUGAACCGGAACAUCGGUCCUCGGCUGCGAGGUGGUCAACCACCUUCAAGCUCAAUUCCUCCAACUACUAUGUCAUUUGAACGAUAUAUGUCCACGUUGGGUGAUGAGUUGUUUGACGUGGUGACUUUCCCCCAAGAUCCUGCUCUAUACUUCGUUGGUAUGGAUCAGUACUUCAUCUCUUUAGGGUUAAAAGCUAUUAAGAUUGUUAAAAUGUUCUUUGGCCUGUUGGAGACCUAUCAUGAAAAACGAGUGCCUUUUAUACUUCACAUUAGCGGAUCUUGAGUAUGAUACUACUUCAAAUAAGCUAAUGUUCAGAAAUCCAGUGCGUACAGCCGCAUUUCAUCCUAGUCGCUACUACCAGAAUAUGUCAAAUGCUGGUACAGUUUUAUCAUCCAUAUUGAAGUUCGAUGAAAUGAGAGUCCUUGCUGGCCAUUCUGGCAUAUAUCUACCGGCUGGGACUGCAAUUGACAACACCACACUUCCCAAGCUACCACCGUUGGUUGAACUUCUGAUACAUGAUUUACAAACUCGUGUGAGAGUAUUGCCGAAUGUAAGCAUCAACAAGCGGAAAAGAGCAUACUUUUGCAACCAUGUAGCUGUGAUGACUCCAGCUGAGCGCCUUUCCUUUUGGCUGACGGGUGAAUUACAUUUUGAGUACAUUGGUGGUGAGCAUACUUUAAAUACCUAUAUUGGUCAAAAGUAUGUUCCUAACUGGACCACUGCAGCAAAACGGUCAACUGCACUCAAAGCAGUAUAUUCAUGGCGUUCAUACGUCAAAACCUCAUUAGGGUCUCAAUGGUCGUUUGGACGUAAUUGGCUAUCCCAUGCUCCGUCGAAACUAACUCUGAAGUUUACAGAAAAGCAGUCUGAGGCGUAUCUGAAUAUUACGUUCAAGUGGUUGCUGUACUAUGUUAUCCUUAAACAUACAUUUCGAGGAGCAUCGAUUCGUUGGAACAGUAGUCCCCUGCCACCGGCGCAGCCACUGCCCAUGCCGCAAAUUUUGGCCCCGGCACCUUUUGGUCCUCCUCCAAGACCACUGACGCUCUCAAACCAUUUUACGGUUGAUCAGCUACUUAAUACGAGUGGAUCUCUUUAGAACCGGUGGAAUACUGGAAUGAUUUUGCAAGCAUUGACUGCAGCUACUUGGUUAUUCUUUUUAACUUGUGGGAUACUGAGUUACACACAAGUAUUUUUGCCAUCAUCGUUUGUAGGGAUCUCUUUAGAACUGUGGAAUGCUGUGUUGCACGUUUGAGCAUAUUGUAACUGAUCCAUCCUCUUUUUCUUUUAACUUUGUAACUGAUCCAUCCUACAUUGGAGCACCGAAACAUUGUAAUAAAAAGUUGAAUUGAUUGAACCCUGUCUCUUA